AUGGAGUCUAAGGAGGCGAUGGUGGUGGCGCCGGCGGCCGGUGCCGGAGAAGCCAAGAAUGGAGAUGGUCCUCCAGUGCCAGUCGACAAAGCUGGAGCUGCCCCGGCUGACAGAGAUGCCGUGCUUGCAAAGGUGGAACUGGACAGGAAGCUGUCGAUGGUCAAGGCGUGGGAGGAAAGCGAGAAGAGCAAAGCCGAGAACAGGGCCCAGAAGAAGAUGUCGGCCAUCAUGUCGUGGGAGAACACGAAGAAGUCGGCCGUGGAAGCAAAGCUGCGAACCAGAGAGGAGAAGCUGGAGAAGAAGAAGGCGGAGUACGCGGAGAAGAUGAGGAACCAGGUGGCAGCCAUCCACAAGGCGGCGGAAGAGAAGCGCGCGUCGGUGGAGGCGGCGCGGCGCGAGGCCAUCCUCAAGUACGAGGACAUGGCGGCCAAGCACCGGUCCAAAGGGACUACCCCGGCCACCAAAUUCCUCGGCUGCUUCUAG